AUGGGCACAGCGGCCAGGGCUGACCCCAGAAAGGGGCUGUGCCCCUAUGACAGCACAGAGGACAAGUCACAAAGGGAAGGGGCUGUCACCAGGGCACCUGCAGGCGGUGGCCCUGCAGCACUACCAGGUCCCCAGCUGUACAGCCUGGGCCAGCCCAGGCUGCAGCAGUCUCUAUGGGCCAUGGCUGUGAGUCUUGUGCUCAUCUUGGCCCUGCUAGGCAUUGUCCUGCAGCCAUUGAAGGUCAGUGAUCACAUGGAUGUGGCCACGGAGCAGCAGAUGCAGCAGCUUGAGGAGCAGCUGAGUCAGGAGAUGACUAGGCUGCAGCAGGAGAUUGCAGAGAUGAUGCAGGAGCCACAGAGCAGAUUUUUCAGGAGAGACACAGUCUUUGUCACCUGGGACCUGUGGCAGCUUGGGGCCUUUGCUGGAGGCCUUGUGCUGCUCUUUGGGCUCUUCUGGAUAGCCACAGAGCAGGACGUUGGUGAGUCUGACAGCAGCAGUGGCCUGAGCUCCUCCGGCAGCAAGAAGGAGAGGGAAGGCGAGGAGGAGGGAGCUGUGGGUGCCUUGCACUGGCUGUCUGCAGAACCACAGCUGGACUCCCCAGGAAGGAGGGCACUAGAGACCUUUUAUGAGCAGCACCUCCUGGGGCCAGCACAGGAUGUGGCCCACACAUGCAAAGUGGUGGAGGAGAUGGUGGGCAACCUCCUCCAUGCCUGCCAGAUGAUCUCUUUGACAACUUUCCUGCCACGGCUGGAGCAGUGCAUUGGUAUGGGCAGCGUCUUUGAAGGCUGGAGCCACCGCGGGGAGGACACUGUCUACAGCCUGCUUGUGCCUCUGAAGCCACCACCUGGGCACUCCUUCCACCUGAAACUGGGCACUGGUGGGGAGCUGCCGGCGAGGCACGGCCGUGUUCGUGUGAAGCUGGAGUGCACAUGCGAGAGGGAGCAGCUGCUGGGGGAUGUGCUGUGCUUCCAACACCACUCCCAGAUCCAAGUGCGCAGGUAUCAGAGCCCUGGGCUCCUACAUACUCUGUGCACUGGCUUCUACCUGGAUGUGGAGAAAACCAUCCACUGGUUCCAGCUCUUUGUGAGAAAUGCCUGGGAUGUGAUCGCUGCUGAACAAAACUGCCAGCUGACGGUGCUGCCCUCCUCCCGUUCCUGCAAGCUCCUGCUCGCAUACAACUCUGGGAGGACUGUGCAUGUUGAGAUAAUGUUAGGGGUGCAGCAAGACGACUCGGGGGUCUUCAUGGGCAGCCAAGAGGCAGAGGCCAGCCUCAGCAGCAGCACAACAUGGCUGGAGAGCUGUGUCCUGCAAGAGCUACUGUUCUUCAGAUUUGUGGCCAGGCAGGCUCCCCAGGGCAGCUGCCACCUGACAUGUCUGCAGCUCCUCACCUGCCUCCUGGAGGACUCGGUCCUUUCCUCUGUCCACCUGAAAACAGUCACCAUGCACCUCCUGACACUGCUUCCCCCAACAGAGUGGUGCCCAGAGCAUCUCCUGGAGCGGCUGAGGGAUGUCCUGCACUACCUGCACUGCUGCCUGGAGGAGAAACAGCUUCAACACUUCCUCCUAGGCAACAAGAGAGUGCCCAGCGAAGUCCCCCUGUCAGCCGCCUUCCAAACUGCCAGCCCACUCAACCUCUUCCAGCACCUGGCACAGGAGCCCGACACCCAUGCCCAGGCACUGCGUGAGUUCACCGAGCUGCAGGAUCGUCUCAGGAGCCUGUUAGGUUGA